GCGCCACUUACGAUCACAUUGAUUGUGAAUAACACGUAUCUGAUGAAUUCUCGGUUCCAAGUCGGAAGAAAAAGAUAUUUUUGUAACCAGCUUAUUCAGUGCGUAGGGAACUGGAGAAGACGGUCAUAUUGCUUGGAGGUCAAGACAUUUAUUUUUCUCACUGUGGAGAUAUUUACACUCCUUCAAGAUGGUUUUAGCCGAUCUUGGAAGGAAAAUCACCUCAGCUUUAAAAUCAUUGAGUAAUGCAACUAUCAUUGAUGAAGAUGUACUUAACUCUAUGCUCAAUGAAGUGUGCAGGGCUCUUCUUGAGGCAGAUGUCAAUAUCAGACUUGUCAAAGCUCUCAAAGAAAAUGUCAAAUCUGUCAUUGAUUUUGAUGAAAUGGCAGCUGGUCUCAACAAACGUAAGAUGAUCCAGACUGCAGUCUUCAAGGAACUUGUAAAGCUUGUGGAUCCUGGAGUUAAGGUUUGGACUCCAACAAAAGCGAAACCUAACAUCAUCAUGUUUGUGGGACUACAAGGAAGUGGUAAAACAACAACUUGCACAAAGCUUGCCUAUUACUAUCAGAAGAAAGGAUGGAAAGUUGCUCUUAUCUGUGCAGAUACAUUCCGAGCAGGUGCCUUUGAUCAAUUAAAACAGAAUGCAACAAAAGCCAGGAUACCUUUCUAUGGCAGCUACACAGAAGUUGAUCCUGUGAUUAUAGCUGCUGAUGGAGUAGAGAAGUUUAAGAAGGAAAACUUUGAGAUCAUCAUUGUUGAUACUAGCGGAAGACACAAACAAGAGGAUUCACUCUUUGAAGAAAUGUUGCAGGUCUCAAAUGUUACGAGUCCUGAUAACAUCAUCUUCGUCAUGGAUGCUUCUAUUGGUCAAGCCUGCGAGAGUCAAGCCAAAGCAUUCAAGGAGAAAGUGGACGUUGCAUCGGUCAUCAUCACAAAGUUAGACGGACAUGCAAAAGGAGGAGGUGCCCUCAGUGCUGUUGCUGCAACAAAGAGUCCUGUUAUCUUCAUAGGAACUGGAGAACAUAUAGAUGAUUUUGAACCUUUUAAGACCAAGCCCUUCAUCAGCAAGCUGUUAGGUAUGGGUGAUAUUGAAGGUUUGAUAGACAAGGUGAGUGAACUCAAUCUGGAUGACAAUGAAGAACUCAUCAACAAACUCAAACAUGGUGAAUUCACAUUACGAGACAUGUAUGAACAAUUCCAGAAUAUCAUGAAAAUGGGACCUUUUGGACAAAUAAUGGGUAUGAUUCCUGGAUUCAGCAGUGAUUUCAUGACAAAGGGCAAUGAGCAAGAAUCAAUGCAGAGACUCAAGAAACUCAUGACCAUGAUGGAUAGUAUGAAUGAUGAAGAGCUUGAUAGCAGGGAAGGUGCUAAAGUGUUUAUGAGAUGUCCAGGCAGAGUACAGAGAGUUGCCAGAGGAGCUGGGGUCUCGGUCAGGGAGGUCCAGGAACUACUUCAACAGUACCAGAAGUUUGCUCAGAUGGUCAAGAAGAUGGGAGGCAUCAAGGGACUAUUCAAAGGUGGUGACAUGUCAAAGAAUGUGAACCCAGCUCAGAUGGCUAAGAUCAAUCAAUCAAUAGCAAGGGCUAUGGAUCCUAGGGUACUUCAACAACUUGGUGGUAUGAAUGGUCUACAGAACAUGAUGAGGCAAUUCCAGCAAGGAGCAGGCAAUAUGGGCGGCAUGGGAGGUCUAGGCAAUAUGAUGGGAGGCGGUAAAUAGCACUCGAGAAUCGGGUAAGGGAGGGGAGAACAUUAUAUCACCAUGGAUAAUAUUGAGAGAUGGGAAUAGACUCGGCUGACAAGAAUGCCAUAAUAGCUGCAACAGGUACUACAAAAACAUUGAUCAGGAGGUGUUACAGAACAAUUAUGGCAUGAAGGAAGCCAUAGGAUAAAAAUGGAUCAAGGAGAGACACUUGGGGGAUGAAAGGCAUCUUAUGUAACGGCUCUUUGUAAAGACAUCGCUUGAGGUGUGGGCGUCUUUAAAAACAACUUGCAUGACUUCCUGAUUAUUUUGAGAAAAUUUGCUCAUCAUGCUAAUGUGGACUCUGUAAUACUGUGGAGUGAGAAUGUGAAAACGUCCAAGGAGAAUUGUUAUCACUGUUUAUACAAUAGUGUAUGUUUUCCUCUGAUGUCCUCUAAUGGCUAUGUGAUAAAUAACAAAUUAAAUCUUUGCUUUUUAAACUCUCAUAUGUGCUGGAGGAAUAAUACCACUUUCGGAUUUUAUUAUAUGAAUGUGGUGCCACUUGCUAAUUUGUAUUUAGAUAACAUUGUCUUCAAAUAAUGAAAGAAUUUCAGCUCUUGUUAUUGAUGCAAGCGUCAUAUAGAUCAGUAGAGGCAUGUCAUUCCAGUUUGGUAGCCUGCCGUGAUUCAACUUCAUUUCUUGGAAAUUAAUAGCAUAAAGAAGUUUCUUCAAAAACGUUCCGCUUGCAAAACAUUGUGAUUUCUGCUAUCCAAGUAUGGUGUUUGCUAUCAUUACAAACAAAAUGAUUCCCAUUUCAUUAAUUCCUACUUAAUUAAUCUUAGCAAUGUUGAUAUGUUAAUCAGAAUUGUGUUCACUAUAGAAUACCGGAGUGGGACGUCAGUUGCCAGGGUGUCAUGGCAGGCUGAUCGUCUGUAUACAUUUGCAUUUUACAAAUGACUUUGGCUUGUCUGAAAAAAAGGUUGCAAGCGAUCAAAUUCCGAUAGCAGCCAUUUUGCUCCUAUGAGAAACACACGCUUUCAAGCGGUGGGUUCGUUUGUUAAGAUCCAGGCCGCCAUGACACCAUGGCAACUGACAUCGCUUCAGUACUCUAUUUCUGUAAUAGUAAGAUUUUGUUAUGAGUGCAGUGCCCAUCACAUUCAUUAAUUCCAAGUGGUGAUCCCAAUGUGCAUAUAAUGUCGAGUGGACAAUAGCAACACAACAAUAAUUGGGAUUAUCCCCUUUUAUUAAUUCAUUUAUCAAGAAAUAGUUCACCUGUGCUCACACCCAAAAGAGACCACAGCAUGCAAACAUGGAUAAUUAAUUUUAACCAUCAUAGAAUCACUCAGCAAAGAUCUUGUUAAUUGUGACCAUUUAUUGUCAUUGUUCUUGUUUUCUCAGUUCAACACUGAAUAUUUUUUCUUUUGAAUUCUGUGAUUAUAUUUCUUUGUGUCACAUUUGUCAUUUUGUCUUUUAUAAAUUCAUCCUUUUGAAUCAUAAUUCACACUGAUCAUUUUUGUUCUGCCUGAAAGUUGAAAAGUAUUUGUAUUGAUAGAUUUAGGGAGCUUACCUUUCAAUAUGAUUCUAUAUUUAUAUUCAAGAUCUUGAGGAAGUUUAAACAAUACCUUUGUAAACCACAUGGUUUGAUUACUUUAAUUGCACUGGUUAAAUUUUGCUUAUCUUUACUAUUAUAUGUCAAGAAGAAGCCUGUCAGAAUUCCAGCUCUCUAUCUCAAGAAAUAAAUUUAAUAUGUCAUCUUGAUUUGUAUAGAGUAAUGUCAUAUAUUAAAGCCUUAUUUGAGAUGAUGGUUCGAAUGUUUAAAUGUGGUCAAAUUAUUGCCACACAUAUAUGCUAAUGUACUUGAAUGACAUGCUUCUGGUGAAAAAAAGAUAGCACCAAGUUGUGUGGACACACUUGUAACAUCGCAAUGAUUUCAUUAUAUGAUGAUGUCAUACAUACUUCAUUGUGAUGUCAUAAGUUAUGUUGAAUACAUUUUUGUGGAAUUUUGACUGGUCAGAAGUCACCCUUUCCCUCUGCAUAACUUUAAAGCACCUUUAAAAAAUACCUCCUAGCUUUUUUAGGCCUUUUCUUAUGAGAAAGGUGUUCAACCUUACUCAGCAUCACUGCAAACAUCAGAGAAAUUAAUUAAGGGUGCUAAACGUAGAGCACUAUGUGCCUUUCAGAUUUCAGAUCAGUUUCCCUGACAUUUUGGUUGACAAGUUCUCAUUUUAAUGCACAUGUGUAUGGAAAUGAAUGUGACUUCUUGGUAAUUAAAUGUUUUUAAUUUCUCUUUCUGUUUUUAUUUCCAAAGUAACUUCCAAGGUUGAAGUUGCAGGCAAUACAUAUGUAUGUCUUUUAAAUAUUACAUCUAUUUCAUGUUAACCAUAUGCAAUGCAUGAAGUGAAUUAGGUGAUAUUACUCUGUCCUUUUAUGUGUCUUUUUUUCCAAUAUUAAUUUUUGUUCUAGAUUUCCCUUAUUUCUACUUGUGUUCUGGUGUUUUUUGUAUUUAGACAAAACACAAAAUGUCUGAAACGUAGGAAUAUGAGAGGUUAUUAUAGUAUAUACAAAUGUCUGUCAAGUAUUGUCACCUGAGGAGCGUUUCAUGAAAUGAUUGUUGUACGUUUUAUCUGACAGUUACCAUAGGAACCGUGCUCCUCAGGCCAUCAAAAUAAAGGGAAAUUGUCAGAUCUUAUAACUUGUCAAACAUAAAUGUUGAUGAAACGCUCCCCAGAAAUCAUGUCAUAUUAAUGUUUGAUCAUCACACUUUGGAAGAAAACAAACGACUUCCAUUGGAAGUAUUUAUAGCUUCAUUCAUGAUGUAUAUUGAAAAUAUAAUUCUUAUUUAAAACUUA